CACUCGAUCGCCAGAGCUGCGCUGAUGCUCGCGGCGCGCUCUGCCUCCAACACUUCUGAUUCCAAAGCCGCUUUCCCGAAAAUUCAGUUCGGAUUUUAGUUCGGAUUUGAGUACCACGCGAUGAAGACGGCGGCUUCAAUUAAUCCAGAAUUAAGAGUGCAGUGAUACGGGCUUCCAAAAAAGGAUUUAAAUUUUCUAGUGAUCAUAGCGAAACCGCAAUUAAAAAGGCUUCAAAAUGGCACGGCUGUUUGUAAUAUUCAGUAUUCUUACAAUUCUCGCAUCUAUACCCGACACCAGUUUCGUAAAAGCGGAUUUAACCACUAAAGAACGAAUAAAGAAACAUCAAGAUUGGCUAAGGGAACAUCGAAAACCUAAAACGAAAAAAAUUCAUUCGAACAACUCAUAUUUUGAGCUUGCUAACUUGUGGCAUACGAGAAAAGAUUUAUCCCUUAAGCAAAAACCAAAUAACAAAGAAGAAUAUUUAGAAAAUGAAACCACUAGUAAAAUAUCUACGAAAACCGAUGAAAAAGUAUUAAAACCAACGAUCAUUCUAAAAAAUGCCAAUCAAAGUACAUCGACAUCUAAAAUUGAUUUGGAAACAACUACGUUAGCAAGUUCGAUUACUCGAGAUCCGGUCGAUAAUCGUGAAGUUGGAACAACAGGACAAACCCCGAGUAUUGACGAGGUUUUCUCUUCUCCAAACCCACCAAAAGAAAUAACUACAAAAAAGAUGAAAAAGAAAGUCUACCCAUAUCCACGAUGGGAUAAAUGGAGUAACUGGAGCUCAUGCUCGCGAAGUUGCGGUGGAGGCGUAAAAUAUCAGAUUCGAAAAUGCAUUAACCGAAAUCUAUUGACGAAUAAUCAGCUUACGAGUAAUGCAUGUGUUGGUUAUUUCAAACGCUAUCAGCUGUGCAAUGAUAUUCCAUGCGACGAGCAAUCCCCGGAUUUUCGAGCUUCUCAAUGUACUACUUACAACGAUAAAGAGUUUCAUGGUCAUCGAUAUAGGUGGGAACCAUAUGUGAAGGAUGAUGCUGAAUGUGAGCUAAACUGCAUGCCAUUUGGGAUGAAAUCGUUUGCCACACUUAACGAAUCCGUAAUUGACGGUACGCCUUGUCGACAUCCAGCCGAAUACUAUCGAUCCCAACUUUGGAACCGCGCAGUUUGUGUUGAUGGUGCUUGUAAGGCGGUACAUGCCAGUGGUGACAUCGAUGGAUUGUAUGCUCACAGUGGGUCCGUCAGUUGCGGAGGAUUACUGUGUCGGCCUGUCACCGGGAUCUUUACCCGAGAUCCCCUUCCGGAACAAGCUUAUAUACACGUUACUACACUACCAGUGGGUGCCUCAAAUAUUUCGAUAACGGAACUUAAAAAUAGCAUAAACUUGCUGGUCCUGCGAACAUCUAAAGAGGUAUCCAUUUUCAAUGGCGAAAAUUCUGUGUCGGAAAGUGGUUCCUAUGAAGCGGUUGGUGCCGUCUUCGACUAUCACCGAAUCGAUGGAACCCAGGAUAGUAGUGGGGUAACAGAGUGGAUUACAAGUAUUGGGCCCAUCAGGGACUCAUUGCAACUUAUGGUGUUCACUAAGACGGCGAAUAAUACUGGCAUAAAGUACGAGUACAUGCUGCCGAUAAUAUCCGAGUCUGAGGAAAACGAGAUGUCGCUGGAGAGUAGCGAUGGUCUGUUGAGAUCCGGAAUAGAGGACACCAGUUCGUCCAGUAGCUCGAGGGCGGGACGAAAGCGUAUCUUUAAUUGGAAAGUAAUUGGGUUCAGUGGCUGCACGAAAUCCUGCGGAGGCGGCACUCAGACACCCAUUAUUCGUUGCAUUCGCAAGAACCCAUUGCGGUACUACUCGCAACGCCGUUGCGUGCAUUCAGUGAAACCGGUGCUGAAUGAGAACCUACUGCACUGCAACACGCAACCCUGUCCGGCGUAUUGGAGAUUUGACGAUUGGGGCGAAUGUCGUUGCCUGGCCAGCGGAGCCUUCCGGCGGAGGGAGGUCAGCUGCGUCCAGGAACUGGCUUCCGGACUGGUCAUCCAUGUCGAUAAGGCCGCCUGCAUGGAGGAUCAGCCACCCACCCAGAAGCAGUGCGAAUGUCCCAAAACCCGUCGCCGCAACUUGUCCCGAUAUCGCCUCCAAGGCAACUCGGAGUCCUCGAACAACACCCAAGUCAAAAGGAGCAAAGCGGAUGGGUCCGAGGUAAAUGCCAUCUGGUUGAUGUCCGAAUGGAAUCAGUAUUGCUCGGCCACUUGCGGCUCGGGCGUUGAGUAUCGCACAGUAUUUUGUGAUCGCUCCAAGGCCGGCGAGCAGCGAUGUGAUCCCAGCACCACACCAGAAAGUCGUCGUCCGUGUGAGAAGCCCAGCUGCGAGGUGGGCGACUGGUUCACGGGUCCUUGGUCCUCGUGCAAUGGCGAUUGCUUCGACCUGACCCGCAGCCGGGAAGUGCUGUGCAUCCAAAACCAGCUGAUCACAGAGCCCAAGGAGUGCACGCCGGAGCUAAAGCCUCAAUCUGUCGAAAAAUGCUCUCACGAGGAGGUGGAAUACUGCGCUGCCCGUUGGCAUUACUCGGAUUGGUCGGAGUGCACAAAAUCAUGUGGCGGUGGUACUCAGCGGCGUAGUGUCAAAUGUUUGGAGUACGAUAUAAAGAUGAACGCCCUACGGGAAUCAACGCAAUGUCGAUACACGACCAGAGAACCCAUAUAUCGUAGCUGCAAUGCGGAAAAGUGCGAAGAGGAGCAAAAAACUGAAGCUGUUCCGAAAUGCACUAAUAAAUUCGCCAAUUGUGAAUGGGCUCUGCAAGCCAAGCUAUGUAGCUACGAUUAUUAUCGCGAGAACUGCUGUGUCUCUUGUACCGGUGGCAUUUAAAGUUUGUAGUUCGUAAGGAUCUUACUUAAUUUAUAAACCGACUCUUUAGACGCCGUGCAGAAUAGCUACGGAAAUACAUUAGUUUCCUCUGAAUAUGUAAUUUUUUACCUUAAACAACUAGUAUUUCUGACACUAAAGCUCAAAAGAAAGCUUGCAGGGAAGCGCAAAAUUAAAUUAUCGGUCAAGUGAAAUGUUUAACACAAUUAAAUAACACGUACUAAAAUAAACUAGAUGAAGACUAAAACAUCAUAACUAGUAAAAUUAUACAUAAUCUUAAA